AUGCUGAUUUAUCUCAUCAGUUUUGCCCGCUCAAUCAUGCUUCCUGGUGGGGUAAACUCAAGCACAUUAGGAACAUUCAUUCCAUCGUAUAUAUUUUCCAUUUCAAAAACGAAUUUUGUCUCAGCAGCAGUUUCAAUUUCUUACCAGAAGCAAAUUUUAUACGAAGCGGCAUUUGGCUAUGCAGAUAUUGAAAGUAAAACACAAGCCACCACAGAAACAUACUAUGAAUGGGGAACUAUUACAAAAUUAUUAGCUCAUAUUGCUAUUUUUCAGCUCAAGGAACAAGGAAAACUCAGUUUAGAAGAUGAUGUUACCAAACAUCUUGGAAAUCAUAUACUAAAACGUAUAAAAAGCAACAAUAAGAUUUAUAUCAAAAAUUUAUUAAACUACGACACAGGAUACGACACUACUUAUAUUGAUAACUACAUAAAAUACGGAUCUACACUCGAUGUAAGAGAUUACAUUCGUUGGAAUGAACCAAAACAAAUUUAUGACACCGGAAAAAGGUACUCUGACACUCUCUUUGCAGCUAUUAUAGAAGCAAUGAUAGUAGAGAAAAUCAGUGACAUGAAAUACUCAGAUUAUGUGGAGAAGAACAUCUUCCAAAAGCUCGGAAUGAACCACACAUCAAUUUCCCAAUCCAGAAUUGAAUUUGACAAAAAAUUGACAAGCGGUUA